AUGGCAAUUAACAAGCAAAUUGAUGAAGAUUCUAUUUCGAUUUAUAGCGAUGCACUUGAAGGGCCGCCAGAUUUAAUUACAAUAAUUUCAGUUAAAAAUGAAGAGAAAAGAGAAAUUAUUGAAAUUAAUUCAAUAUUAGAGGAUAAUAAAAAGAAGGAUUAUUCCUCUCCUUUGCCGAUAUUGAGGAGGGAAAUUAAAAUGCCGGUUGAAAGAUCUUUAGAGGUAAAAUUGAGAAGUGGAAGUGUAAAGGAAGAGAAGAAUGGGAAGGAAAUAAAAGAGGAGGCUGAUGAAGAAGAAGAGAUGAUGGUAGAGAAAGAGGAAGAGUGGAAGAAGGAGAAGAGCUUUGAAGAAAAGGAGAGAAGGAAGAAUUUGGAAGAGAAUGAAGGAAGGAAAUUGGAGGAGGUGGAGGAGAAAGAAGAAGAAGAGACAAUAAAAUUGGAAGACAAGGAAAUGAUAGUAGAAAAUGGGUGGAAUGAAAGAAGAAAGGAAAAGGAAUUUAAAAGUGAAGAUGAAGAAGAGGAGACAAUUAUUGUAGAAUGUACGGAGAAGGAAGACAAAAUAACAAGUUCUGGUGGGGAAAUUUGCAGCAUGGCAAAUAGUGAAACAACAGACGAUGAGGAAUUUGAAUAUGAAUAUAUUACAGAUGAAGAAGGGGAAAUAAUACAAGUUGAGGGAGAAAAUUUAAAAGGAGAAAAGUUGGAAGAAAAGGAAGAAUUGGUAGAAGAAGAAAUUGAAGAAGAAUAUGAAGAGGAGGAGGAAGAGGAAGAAGAAGAUUGGGAUACUAGAUCAGAAAUCUCUCAAGUGGAAAAAGAGAUCGAGCGAAUGAGAAGGUUUAGUGUAGCCUCUUCCAUUUCGAGAACCCCUGGCUAUCCAGAGAUUGGAGUAACAGAAAAUGAUGAUAAUUCACGAGAGAAAACACCAAUAGCUUUGGGACAGGAAAGGCAAUCUGAAUAUAAUAUUGUAGCACACGAACUUGUAAAAAAUGUUCAGUGGCCGUCAGUUCAGCGACGUACUGCUUUAGAUGAAUCUCGAGCUUCAUCAUCUUCCCUUCUCCAAAAUUCAUUCCAGUCAUCAAAAGAUCAAGAAGAAACUACCGAAUCUUCCCAAUUAAAUUCAAAAAUUAAUCAAAAUACCCCUAAAAUACCUACAACAACAACUAAAAUAUUAUUACCCCCUUUACAUCCUUCUACAUCCAAAAAUUCUUCACCUUCUUUUACUUUCGAUCCCCCCUUAAAUAAAGAGGAUUGUCAAAAUAAUAUAUCAAAAAAAGAAAUAAAAGAAGACUCGGUAAUAAAAUCACCAAUGAUGGAUGAAGCUGCUUUUACGCGUUUAACUUCGCCUUUGAGCAAAGAGAUAAAUUUGGAUGUAAAUAAACUAUCAAGAUCAAAAAUUGAGGUAUUCGAAAAUAGCAAUAAUAAUUCAUCUUUAACGUAUAAUAAACAAAAACAGCAACAAUUGCCAUUUACAAAUAAAAGAUUUCCUCCCUUACCAAGACAUCCAUUAAUUGCUAAAUAUUGCCCCGAAUUAACAACAAAAAAUGAAAAUAAAAAAAUAAAUAAAAUUGAAAUAGUAAAAGAUUUGGAAGAAGAAGCAACAAAAAAACAAAAGAAAAAAAUUGAAGAAGAAAAUAAACAAAAACUUUUAUUGCCCCAACAACCAAAGAAUUUUUUAAAAAUGGAGACGAGUAUUGCAAGUGGUGGGGCUAAUUAUUUACGUGAUCCCUGCUCUCAUAUGGUCCUCACAGAUGUUAAUGGUGACCAUGAAGAUCCUCGUGAUUAUAGAAGAGGAGGUUAUCAUCCUGUCCGUUUAGGAGAAUUAUUUAAUCGCCGUUAUUUGGUACUAAGAAAACUUGGGUGGGGACAGUUUUCAACUGUUUGGAUGUGUUCAGAUGCUGGAACUACAAUCGAAACUGAGCGUUAUGUAGCUCUAAAAAUUGUUAAAUCACAUAGGGAUUUUACUGAAGCAGCAAUGGAUGAAAUAAAAUUACUUAAAGCUGUUAGAGAAACUGAUCCAACUGAUGAAGGGAGGCAAAGAGUUAUUCAAUUAUUGGAUACUUUUAAAAUUAUUGGGGUUAAUGGAACUCAUAUUUGUAUGAUUUUUGAGGUAUCAGGUUGCAAUUUACUCAAACUAAUAAUUGACAGCAACUAUCAAGGACUUCCCUUACGUCAAGUAAAAAGAAUUACCAGACAGAUAUUGCAAGGAAUGGCAUAUUUACAUGAUCGUUGUAAAAUUAUCCAUACAGAUAUAAAACCAGAGAAUGUAUUAGUAGCAUUAAAUUCCCGAGAUGUCGCUAAAAUGGUUAAUAGAAUAAAAAAUAAUGAAAGAAAUAAUUAUGACGAAAAUUUGGAAUUAAAUGAAUUAAAUGUUAAAAUUGCUGAUUUGGGAAAUGCUUGUUGGACUUUCCAUCACUAUACAGAGAAUAUCCAAACUAGACAAUAUCGAGCACCAGAGGUUUUGCUCGGGACUGGCUUUGAUACUCCUGCCGAUAUUUGGAGUGUGGCUUGUAUGACAUUCGAAUUAGCAACAGGAGAUUAUCUAUUCGAACCACACAGCCAUCCCUUAUGGAGUAGAGAUGAAGACCAUUUAGCCCAUAUUAUUGAACUUCUCGGGCCUUUGCCUACAGAAGUGUUUAAACGUGGAAGAUUUUGGAAAGAUUUUUUCCAUAGAUCUGGCCGUCUAUUACGUAUCCCAACUUUAAGACCUUGGCCAUUAAUUGAAGUACUUGCAGAUAAAUAUUCUUUUAAACCAAAAGAAGCUUUUUCAUUUUGUAACUUUUUAUUACCUUUGCUGGAAUUGGAACCUGAAAGAAGGGCAAAAGCUGCAAUUGCUCAAAAUAAUGAAUGGCUUUUAUCAUAA